GAUUUUACUCUCCCUCUGCCCUCAUUCGCGACACCGAUUCGGCGGCAAAAUCCGCAAACUUUCAUGUAUCGCGUUUGACGUGGAGGUAGGUUAGCCUGUACAAACAUGGUGAGGAAAAGCAAGAGAAGAGCUGGUGCAGCCACUAAACCUACUAAAGAAGAUGUUACUAGCAAGAGACCGCUGAAAAGGCUGAGAAAAGCUAUUACUGAUUCUGAAACUACUCCAGAAGAGGUAGUAUCGAACAAGAAUAUAGUUGAAGAUGAAAAAGGCGAUGUUGCAAAAGAACCUGUUCCAACUCCUAAAGUGAGGAAGCCUUGUACAUGGCUUAAGCUUGACAGGCUUAACCCUGAAUUUGGAAGCAAAUCUCUUGAGAGUUCUAAACAAGGCAAAGAAGCCAAGCCUGCUGCUACAGUCAAAUCCCCGGGAAACAAUAAGAGUAAGAGAAUUGACAAAUUUGAAGAAAAAUGUCAUUCCCAUCCGGUGGUUACUGAUGAAGAGAAAAAUUUACGUCGCCAUAGGAAGGAAGCAGAGCCUUCCGCAGAAGUCAAAACCCCAGGAGACAAUAAGAGGAAGGGAGAUGAAAAAAAUGAACGAAAAAAAGGUCAUUCCCAUCCGUUUACUAAUGAAAAGCUAAAUUCACGUCGCCAUGACAGAGAAAAAGACCUUAUCAAAGAAAUUGAUGAUGAAGCUGAGAAAGAACUAGGUGGAUUGAUUUUUAUGUGCAACUCCAAAACCAAACCAGAUUGUUUCAAAUACCAAAUAAUGGGUGUGCCAGCACACAAGAAAGAGGUUGUUAUGAGCAUCAAGCCUGGUCUUAAAUUUUUCCUUUAUGAUUAUGAUCUCAAGCUCAUGUAUGGGGUCUUUGAAGCAUCAUCUGCCGGUGGAAUGAAACUUGAGCCAGAAGCUUUUAAUGGGGCUUUCCCAGCUCAGGUUCGUUUCAUUGUUCACAAAGCAUGCCUUCCACUACCCGAGAGUGUGUUUAAGAAAGCAAUCAGAGACAGCUAUGAUGAAAAGAAACGCAAGUUCCAAACAGAGUUGACAGUAAUGCAAGUGAAAAAUCUGAUAGGCGCGUUCUAUCCCGCCCCCUUGCUGCAUCCAAAUGGAAAAUCCAUGGUCCAAGAACCACCUUUUUACUCAAAUUCACCAGCAACUUCAUUUAAUGAGGAUUACCGGAGGCAAAGACAUUUGAUUAAGUGUAGCAACUCUGAUAUACAAGGAACGUCUACCCCCUUUCAUCAUGAGAAAGAAUUAUCCGGCAACCAUGUAAUUCAUAGCCCAGUUCCAGUACGGGAUCCACUUUUUCUUUCUGAGCAAGAAUACAGAAGUAACGGGCUUCGACAAGGCAGGCAUCACCUGCCAUCAGCUACAGGCGAUGAUAUCAGCAAUUUGUCAGGGACUAAAAAGCUUGAUCUUGAACUAAAUCAUCUACUUAGGAUUCCUGUUUCCACGAGUAUAGUAGAUUCAGCUGUGCAGCAAAGAGAAGUUAAUCAACCUGAUUCUCUCUACCUUAGUGAAAAGGAGUACCGCAUACAUGGCCUCCGGUUACCCCAGCCUCCUGUAGUGCCAAAUGUGGCAUCUCCCAUGAUGACAGAGCCUCGCAAUGAUUCAUGUGACCCGUAUGAUGAGGCCACCACCUCAUUGGUAAAUCGAUAUCUGUCUAUGCCGAUGGCAACAGCAGUUCCAGCAGAACCAUAUCCCCUGGUUGGUAGGGAGCGUUAUUUCGGUGAUCUGAACCACACUAACCAAAUGCUAAGCCAUCCACCCAGGACAUUCCAUGAUGGACAUAGAGCUUUACCCCAUAAUUUUCAAGAGCAAUCAGUAUUCAACCAAAGGUCAUAUUCACUGAAUGCUUCUUGCGAACCAUCAGAGCAGAGUCGGGGAGUCGGUCUCCACCAUGAAGCUGAUCUAAUGUCUGCACCAGUCUCCCACCGCUAUUCCUUUGCAGGACCUUCUCUACCACAGCGCAGAUAAGAUUAAUUUACUCUCUUGGAUACUUGUUAUCCAUUCACAAGUCUUUUGCUGCGAGUAUCAGUGUCUUCUGGAAUUCAUCGGAGAAGCAUCGAUGAUCUGCUGCGACUUUGUUGCAUGUUAUUAGCUAUCUUUCCUUCAUUGACAGUCAAAUCCUGUGUUGUUUAAGCUUAUAUAUUGACGUAUUCUUAUCACUUGAUAUUGUGCAUAAACAUAUAUGCAUGCCAUGGAGUUGAGCCACCAGUUUUCACCUCACUUCUUAUUUUUUGCAUGUACAGAUAUAUUGUUCUAGUUUUAGAAUUAGACAAUAACUACUUGUAAUGUAACUGAGGUGUAGGCGUUUCUUGACUGAAAUAAAUUCAUAUCUAUUGUUCUGUAA